UAACCUCUCACUCAAUGAAGAAAUGAUCUAGCAAGUAAGUCAUUCAGCUCCUAUUUGAACAGUUCUAACGACACGAAAGAUACUCAUUUCAUCCCAAGGCAACUCACUUCAUCUUUGGACAGCUCUAAGGUAAAAAAGCUGAGAGCCGGCCCCAGUCACUGAGCCACCGUCGAGGACUCAGCAGCCUCCCCCUCAAGCCCCCUCGCUUCCCGACGCUCCGUCCCCCCUGCCCGCCUUCUCCAGCAGCCGCCUUCUGCAGGCCGUUUCCACCAAGGAAAAGGAAUCGUAUCGUAUGUCCGCUAUCCAGAACCUCUACUCUUUCGACCCCUUUGCUGAUGCAAGUAAGGGUGAUGAUCUGCUUCCUGCUGGCACUGAGGAUUAUAUCCAUACAAGAAUUCAACAGAGAAACGGUAGGAAGACCCUUACUACUGUCCAAGGGAUCGCUGAUGAUUACGAUAGAAAGAAACUAGUGAAGGCGUUUAAGAAGAAAUUUGCCUGCAAUGGUACUGUAACUAAGCAUCCAGAAUAUGGAGAAGUAAUUCAGCUACAGGGUGACCAGCGCAAGAACAUAUGCCAGUUCCUCGUGGACACUGGACUGGCUAAGGACGACCAGCUGAAGGUUCAUGGGUUUUAAGUGCUUUUGGCUCACUGACGCUUAAGUGAGGAUUUCCUUGCAAUGAGUAGAAUUUCCCUUCUGUCCCUUGUCACAAGUUUAAAAACCUCACAGCUUGUAUAAUGUAACCAUUUGGGGUCUGCUUUUAACUUGGACUAGUGUAACUGAAAAGAGCCCAAAAAAAAAAAAAGCUCAGAGCCAAUCAACCUAUCCUACCUAUGAUCUUUAACAACUGCCUCUGGUUACUGACAUAUAUAAACGUGACAUUUAUCAGACUAUCAUAGAAGGAAACUGUAUAACGGAGUUACUACACAGAUAGAAGCAAAUGGAACACAGGGGUUAGAGGCCCUUUUUCUCCCCAGUGGCAUCAAUAAGGUGGUAAAAAGGCAAACACUGAUAGUCAGCAGACCUGGACUCUAACUUCAUCUUGGGGCAGGGGCGGGGCAGUAGUGAUCUUCUAAAACGGCUCCCAAUGAUCUCCACCUCCUGGUAUUCAUGUUCCUUUGGGGCUCUGCCCCCGGAGUGUGGCCUGGACCUAAUGACUUGCUUCUAAUGAAGAGAAUAUGGCAAGAGUUAUGAGAUGUCACUUCUGAGAUUAGGUAUAUAAAAGACUGAAUUCUUUGCUGCUGCCUCUCUCUCGCUCUCGCCACCUCUUGCUUGCUUUGAUGAAGUGAGCUGCUAUGCUGGAGAGGCCCACAUGGCAAGGAAUUGAAGGUGACCUCCACCCACCAACCGGCAAAGAACUGAGGGCCUCAGUCCCAUGCCCCGGAGGAAAUGAAUCCUGCCAAUGACCACUGAGAGAACUCUGAAGUCGGUCCUAUCCCAGACACACCUUGGGGUGACUGCAGCCCUGGCUGACACCCUAAUGGCAGCCUUGUGUGAGACCCUGAAACAGGGGACCCAGGUAAGUCCUGCCCAGGCUCCUAACCCACAGGACAGUGAUAUAAUAAAUGCAUACUGUUUUAUGCAGUUAAAUUUUGUCAUGUGGCAACACAUAACUAAGACACCCUGUAUAUUAAAAAAAAAAGUAGGGUGGGUAGAUGGAGAGACCCUAUGGAUUAAAAGAUUCUUAAAAGAUGUAUCAAUCAAACACAAUAUGUGGACCAGAUUCACACAAACUGUAAAAAACAAAACAGAUUUACACUGAUACAGAUUACAUUGAUAAAACAACCAGAAUUUGAA